GCGGCCCUAUUAGACAGCUUCGUCGUGGCUCCGCCCUUAGCGGGAUGGCAGGGCGGCCAAGCACCGGGUGCUUGGAUGCCACCGCCGGACAGACAAGGAGGAGUGUGGGUCGCGACGCAUAUUAUUGGGGAGCAUCUUGCUGGCCAGCCGAGGCUGGCGGGCUCGGGCUUGAGUCUGGGGCAGCCUCCCUCGAACCUCUCGCCGGCUUCCAGGGUGGGGGCGGGGCUUGAGUGUUUUACUUCCGGAUCCCACAGCUACGACACCGGAAGCCGGAACUGGGAAUUUGGCAGCGGGACAAGGGAAGGGCGACUGCGGAACCCGGACUUUCUCGGAGCGCCGGGGUCCGAGGAGCGCUCGGUGCCCGCCGCUCCUGCCCUUCUCACGUCGGAUCGAUUCUGCUGACAGAGCUUGCCUUGUUGGAUGAGCAGGCCGCCCUGGAAGAGUCAGCCGAGUGAGAUGGUGCAGCCUAGCAGCGGCCCAGCAGGGGACCCAGACGUGCUGGCUGAAGAGUCUUCUCUGGGGAAGCCGGCCAUGCUCCACCUGCCUUCAGAGCAGGGCACCCCGGAGACCUUCCAGCGCUGUCUGGAGGAGAAUCAAGAGCUCCGAGAUGCUAUCAGGCAGAGCAACCAGAUGCUGCGGGAGCGCUGUGAGGAGCUGCAGCGUCUGCAGGGCAGCCAGCGGGAGGAGAAGGAAUUCCUCAUGCAGAAGUUCCAGGAGGCCAGGAAGCUGGUGGAGAGACUGAGCCUGGAGAAGGUGGACCUGCGCCGGCAGAAGGAGCAGGCCCUGCAUGAGGUGGAGCGCCUGAAGCGGUGCCAACAGCAGAUGGCCGAGGACAAGGCCUCAGUGAAGGCGCAGGUGACGUCCCUGCUGGGGGAGCUCCAGGAGAGCCAGAGUCGCCUGGAGGCCGCCGCCAAGGAGCGGCAGGCUCUGGAGAGCAGGGCCCGGGCAGCCAGCGAGCAGGCCCGGCAACUGGAGAGUGAGCGGGAGGCGCUGCAGCAGCGGCACAGCGUGCAGGUGGACCAGCUGCGCAUGCAGAACCAGAGCAUGGAGGCCGCCCUGCGCAUGGAGCGCCAGGCUGCCUCGGAGGAGAAGCGGAAGCUGGCCCAGCUGCAGGUGGCCUAUCACCAGCUCUUCCAGGAGUACGACAGCCACAUCAAGAGCGGCGCGGUGAGCAGCGAGCGGAGCAGAGGAUCGCAGCUGGAAGAUCUCAAGCAGCAGCUCCAGCAGGCCGAGGAGGCCCUGGUGGCCAAACAGGAAUUGAUCGACAAACUGAAGGAAGAGGCUGAGCAGCACAAGAUCGUGAUGGAGACAGUUCCAGUCCUGAAAGCCCAGGCGGAUAUCUACAAGGCGGACUUCCAGGCUGAGAGGCAGGCCCGGGAGAAGCUGGCUGAGAAGAAGGAGUUCCUGCAGGAGCAGCUGGAGCAGCUGCAGAGGGAGUACAGCAGGUUAAAGACCAGCUGCCAGGAAUCGGCCAGGAUUGAAGACAUGAGGAAGCGACACGUAGAGGUCUCCCAGGCCCCCUUAGCCCCUGCCUCGACUCACCACUCCUUUCAACUGGCCCUGCCCAGCCAGAGGAGAAGCCCCCCUGAGGAGCCACUCAACUUCUGUUGCCCCAAGUGCCAGUAUCAGGCCCCUGACAUAGACACCCUGCAGAUACACGUCAUGGAGUGCAUCGACUAGGGCUCUACUGGGAGCUGUGUGCUGCCCCGGGCUGCCGCUCUCCCCUCCUGCCUGCCUGCUGUUGCAUCGUGGGCCGGCCGACAGACAGGGGGCCCCCUUCUUUGAGCCCCAAGAGCUAGCUGCAGGGCCUCACGCUUCAGCACCCCUCUCCGCUGGUCUGCCCUUUCCCGGGUACCUGGAGCCCGAGCUAGGCCUGACCUUCGGCUCCUUUUCUUCUUUUUGUCCGCUUGAACUGCUCGCCUCUGGAACUCCUCCCUCCCCCCGCACCGACGGAGUCAAGAACCAAGGCCAGGGCCCUCAGCAUGAACGGCUCCCCAGGCUGAGAUGGCCAGUACCCUUGGACCCUUCUCCCACCCAGGCUCCUGUGCUGAGCCCUCUUACGGCCAGUGUGCUGUUCCAUCGUCCGCGGCACCGCGGUGGACAGCCUGUCUGCCACUAAUGGACAUUUGGGCUCUUGCCAAUCAGUCUUUUCACUGUCAUAAACAUCGCCGCAGUGAAGACCCUCCUGCAUCGAUCACGUGCGCCUUUGGGUCGGAUUCUUAGAAGCGGCACCAGUGCAAAGGGAGUAGUAGGCGGUGCCCGCGUCUCCUCCACCCCAGGCGGGGUUUCUCCUCCCCCAGGUUCCCCGGAGCCUUGCCCCAGGUGAGGGGUGUCCCGCCUAGGGGCUGGGGCCUGCUCUCUGUUAAGAGUGAGUUUGAGCAUCUUUCCAAGCUUGCAGGGUCCUUUCCAGUUCUUCUGGUAUGAACGGCUCGCCCGUUUCUUCUGCCCAUUUUUCUGCUGAGCUGUAGUCUUUUCUCCUCGGUUUAUAGGAGCUCUUGGUUGUUAGUGGGACCUGCUCCUGCAUGUGGUCGAAGUUGCGGUGAUCUUUUCCUACUGUCUUGGUUCCGGUGUGUUUUGGACUCGAGUUUGUUGUCUUCGUGCGGUCACAUUUCUCCACUGUUCCUCCACGGCCUGGGCUCUGGAGUUGUCGCGGCCACCUCUUGGUCAGAUGGACGGACGCUUCCCACACACAUCCUUUUCCUUUCCUUUUCCGCACGCUGUGGCGGGUUCAUCUCCCAUGCCCCGCACUGGCCGCCAGAGCCCUGGCCCUGCCAACACAAGCCACUUGGCAACCUCUGGCAGAUUAUCAACACCAGGGGACCUGGCCUUGUUGUUUCACAGGACUUGAUCCUUCCUAGGCUGUCAGGGCCGUGGGCAUCACCCUUGCAGCUGUAGUAAGGAGAGGACAUUUGCCCCUCGGUGCCCUGGCCUCCCCGCACGCCUGCAGGCUCCCCUGGUUGGGGAUCGGGUGUCGCCCAUCCAGCCCUGGGUUUUCUCCAGGGCUCCCUGCCCUGGGGCAGCGAGAGGGCGGACUAGAGUCAGGCUACAAGUCUCAGGCUGGAAGACAGCCCAGCCAGCAGCCUGUUCUGAAAACAAGCCUGGGCUGGGGGCUUUCUUGGCCUCUGUUGGGGCGGGAGGGUCUGUUCCGUGUCCGGAAGCCCAAGUGUCUAAUCGCACCGUGUCCUUCAGGAGAGCACAGGCAGGUUUUCUGCUCACGCGCGCUGCGCUUCCAUCCUGACCCUGCAGCUUUUCUACAAGAGCUCUUUCCACCUGGGGGGAAUGGAGUUCUUCCCUAGGGCUGCUGUCAUGACCACAAACUUGGUGCCUUAAAACAUCAGGAAUUCCUUUUUUCAAGGUUUUGGAGGCCAGCAGCGUGAAGUCUGGGUGUGGGCGGGCUUGGCUCCGUCUGGAGGCCCUGCAGGAGUCAGUCCCAGGCCUCUCCCCCAGCUCCUGCUGCUUGUCCUUGGAGUUCCUUGGCUGGCAGCUAUGCUGCUCCAGCGUCUGCCUCUAUGGUUACGUGGCCUUUUCUCUUCUUCACAGAAGCCUGUGUCUUCUGUUGUGUCUCUUACAAGGACACCAGGCAUUGGGUUUAGGACCCCUGUGUUGUCCAGGAUGCUCUCAUCUCGAGAUCCUCACCUUCCUCACACCCACAAAGACCCCCUGCCCAAGUAAGCUCACCGUCACAAGUGCCGCGGGUCAGGAUGGGUGCAUCUCCCUGGGCUGCCAUUCAACCCAGAGCAGGGGUAUCUUCUGGGGCGACAGAUUAGGACAGAUGCAGUUGAAGGCAGGUGUCCCCAGGAGCUGCAGCUCAGUUUGAGGGCCUGUUCCCCGGAGUGACGGUGGCUACGGGGCUGCAGAGGCCCAUGGUGCUCUGUGGUGAGGAAAGCUGGAGUUUGGCGUGGGGAGGGCCCUGGCCAGCUGGGGGACUGUUCUUAAGACAUCUCAUCUCCAGCUGAACACUGCUGGGGCCAGCGGACGUGGGCAGGAGCAGGGGGUGGGCCGCGGCCCGACAGAGCUGUUGGACCGCGCACACCCUGGGCAGUGGCCACUGGCUGUGCAGGGACGGGCUCUGUGCUUCUGGGGGGGGGGGGCACAGGCACGUAGGCGCCCUUCGGUGCCCAGCCCCCCCCCCCCUUCUGGAGGGGGGCUGACGCCCGGGAGCGGCGAGAGAGGUGGACGUUCUCUCCCUGAGGAGCUUCCUUGGGCUUUGGCGGUGGCGGCUGCCCGGUGGAAGCAGCUGGGAGCUUGACAAAGGUCCCUGCCGGGGCCCCGGGCCACCUGAGCAGGCGUCGGCUGGGAACCACCAUCCUUUUGAACCUUCUCUUCCUGGAGGCUGGGCGCCCCUGCUACCUGCCUCCUUCCUUCUGCGGGCCGACGGUGCAUUAGAGACCAAGGAUGUUAAACCAGGUCGUUCGCCCAGAGGGGAGGGAUUCCACCUUCUUGCCGGCUGUCCUUAGGCUGGCCUUCCGGAACCAGAGGUCGGAUUCCUCCCAGGAGGGAAACAGCCUGCCUCGCUAGCUGUGGUCCCUCGAUCUUCACGGCCGUGUGGAGGAGAAAUCCAGAUGACUGAUCAGAUGAGCUCAGUAAGAAAGCAUUUCUCCCUCCCUGAGAGAAAGUAAUGUCCAAAUAGCAAGAAGCGAAGGCUUCCGGUGCCCCGCCGGCAAGGUGCAGGGACAGGCCUGGGAUGUUGCCCGUUCCAUGAGAGUGGCCGGGCGGGGUGGACUGGGCACUUCGAAGCCUCCUCAGUGUCCUUAACUGGGACAGACGGGGACUCACAGUGACUUCGGCCCCGUGCCAGUGCUCACCACACCCUCGUCUGUAGCUGCCAAAGACCCUGGUGACAUCAGAGGCCGUGCUUCUGGAUGACAUGGGCACGUGUGGCCAGUGCUGUGGACACCUCGUCACCUGCAACACACUCUGUAGCAUGUUGGUGUGAAAAAGCCAAUAGACAAAAUCACGUAGAAAGUGUGACCCCAAUAAAAACGUAAAAGCUGCAGGUGCCCAGACGGCCACCCUCGGGACGCUUGUGGGUGCUCGGAUCACCUGUGAGGAAGUUCUCCUCGUGUGCUGAUGUCUUGUCUAGAUGCGUGGAAUUUACACGUAUCACUUGGAUACCUAGAAAAGAUACGUCCCAGUGCAGUCGGCCUGGCAUAGGUGGGCUCGGGGGCCUUGUCUGCACUAGUGGCUGGUGACAGAGCACCCCAGGACGGGGUGGGGGCAAACCACAGGGGUGUCUUGUCUCCCAGUUCCAGAGGCGGAGUCCAGGAUCGAGGUGCAGGCAGGGUCGGCUCCCUGGGAGGGCCCUGAGGGCUGGACCUGUUCCAGGCCUGUCCCCUCGGCUUGCAGACGCCGUCUUCUCCCUGUGUCUUCUCAUCUUCUUUCCGUGCCUGGCUGCGUCUCCAAGUUUCCCUUUUGAAUACGGACACCAGUCCUACGGGAGCAGGGUCCACCCUAGUAACCUCACCUGAACUGGGCCACUUCUGUGAAGACCCCGUCCCCAUACACGGUCACAUGCUGAGGCGGUGGGGGUGAGGACUCCCACGUCUCUUCUUCGGGGGGGACACAUUUCAACCCAUUACCCACGGGGAGUCUAGCCCCGUUUUACAGGAGGCCUGAGGCGGCAGCGAGUCUGUUCCUUCCCGUUGGGAAAUGCAGCUGCAGCUCUGCCGACGUCAUGACCAGGAGGCCUUCCGUCGGCAGCUGACGACGGACACGUUAGAGAGGGGACAGGCCUGCGCGAGAAGAAGUGAUGUGUCCCUGCGCGGGCUGCCGAGGCCCUGGGGCGGCGAGGGGGGCUCGCCGGGGAGGCCUUCCCGGCUGCAGUUUGAUGGGGGGCUAGUGACUUUUCCUUUCUGAGCCUCAGGCCCCUCAUCCAGGAAAUGGGAACCUCAAAGUUUGGACUUCCGCUUGAGUCGUCCCUGAGAGCAGGCAAGAGUUUGCACAUUUUCCCUCCACUUCACGGAGUGUCUCAGUCUUUGGUAGGGGUGAAGCCGUGGGCGAGGGCUGCUCUCUCGUGACCUUGCCCAAGGUUGAGCUGGGAUGCACUCGCUGAGGUAGAAACCACAAGCCUCCAGAGCAGACAUCUCAACCUGCAGUCAGAGCACGUGCUACAGCAUGAGGCGGGGUGUCCAGAACUCCAGGCGUGUGGAGUCGGGAGCGUGCUCCCGGGGCGUGCCAUCCUGGGCCUUCGCUGACUUGUCUCAUUUAAUUUGCAAACACUUCUUUGGCCCCGUCGAGGUUAGCAGUGUCUAGAUACUCAGACAGCUGCACACUGAUCUGCGCUUGUACUUCCCCCACUAACCCUCACACUGGAGAGCAGCUGAGCGCAAUCAACUGAACAUCGGAUGGAGAGCAAAGGUGACUUUGUAAGCGUCUAGCAAGACUUGGGGGCUGACGCAGGCACUCUAAACACGGUCCUCCGUGACGUGGGUUCCAGGGCUCUUGGUUGGAUUAGCUGCUCUGCUAAGCACAGGGUUGGCAGACCCCAUGUUUCAUUCAGGGAGGAGAAGCCCCUGCUUUAAGAAAUCAGGAAGAAGUGAGACAUUGCACCCUGAGCCAUACUCUCCGGUGUGCUCGCACAGCACGUGGGUUUGGGGCAGACCCGGGGGUUGGUCCUGGAAGUGCUUGUGUUACCAAGUCAUGGGCCAGCACUGAUGGCGACUCAAGUUCCUCAGAGCUUGGCUUCUAGGAGCACAUCCCCGGGGACUGUGCCAUGUCGCCCAAAGCAAACCGCGCGCACACGCUGGCCGCUGACUGCUCGGGAGGCUGUGUCAGGGUGUCCGGACUGCCUUCCACUUGUGCUCCCAAAGCAAAUUCCGGUUCUGUGAACCUAAAAGCGCAGAGUUCCAAACCAGCAAUUCAGUCUUUAAAAGCUGAGUUAGAAAUUUGAUUUUCGAAGCUGUUCUCCAAACACUCUGUGGUAUGGGUGUUUGUUUUUUAAAAAAAUUGCACAGUACACAUCACAUCAAGUUUACCAUCUUAACCAUUUUAAGCGUGCACUUGAGCAGCACUGAGCACAUUCCUAUUGUACAACCAUCACCACUGUCCGUCUGCACGACUGUUUCGUUCUGCUAAACGGAGCCUCUGUCCCCGCUAGACACGAGCGCCCUCCUGCCAUCCUCGUCUCUCUCCCAGGCCAGCAGCACAGCACCAGUGUCAGCGAGAAGCACAGCGGGACUUCGGGGAAAGGCCUAAAGCAGGUUUUACCUGGCAACUGGUGACAGCAGGGGAGGUGCUGAGCGCAGAUCUGAUCUGCGCAGACACGCUGGUCUUCCAAAGGGACAGUGAGGUGGGGGACAGCAAGCAGGGGCUCAGGUGACAACUCACAGAGGGUGGGUCAGGGUCCAUGCGACGAGGUGGGUGGCAGUCAUGGGAGCUGGGGUUCCAUCCGGCCCGGAGACCGGGAGACCGAGGCUCCCGUCCUUCCAAGGAUUCCAUCUCAAAGGAAUGGCUCUCAGGUCCCCGGGAAAGACUCUGCUGGGUUGUAGGAGGUACAGAGACAUCUCAGAGGGACAGAGGCUGGAUUCACAGGUGGGAGCCGUCUGCAGAAAGGCUCUAAGGGGGGGGGGGGUGGCUGUGUCAGGGGUUGGCUAGAACUAAUAGUGAAUUCUUUUGCCAGCCCUGUCUCCUCAGGCAGGAACUCGCAAGGGGGCUGGGCCAUCCCAGGGAUGUGACCUUAGGCUGCUCGAAGGCAUUCAGUGUUGGCCAUCCCUGAAAGCCAGGAGCUGAAUGGAGUGUUCCUGCCAAGAGUUCUUGUAGUUCUUGACGUCACCUCCUUUCCCUUUCCUCGAGUGUGUCUUAAGGCCUUUGUCCCUGUUGGCCCCCCUAUGGAGAGUGUGCCCUGUCCCCAGUCUCUGCAUGGCUGAUUUCUGUUGUUCAGCUUGAAGCUGAAGCAUCACCUCCUUCAUCUAAAGUCUCCAUUGUAAGUUUGGGAUUUGUAGAUACAAACUACUAUGUAUAAAAGAGAUAAACAAGGACCUACUGCACAGCACAGGGAACUCUAUUCAAUACCUUGUAGUAACCUACAAUGAAAAGGAGUAUGAAAAGGACCAUGCACAUGUAUGACUGAAUCACUGUGCUGUACACCAGAAGCUAACAUAACAUUGUAAAGCAACUACACUUCAAUAAAAAAAUAAUAAAGCCUCCAUUGUAAAUCCAU